AAAAUUGGACCUUAUGAAAAACCAUAUGCCGACCGACAAGAAGUUCUAAAUUCUGAUUUUACAACCACCUCGGCUCCGGAGAACCUGAGAAAGUUAGCAGACCAAAAAAGGAUGAAACUAACGUGGAACAAGAACAAGAACAACAAGAAGCGGCCAUUAACACAAUUUUCUAACCUCCCUUUCGACCAAGACGACAGCGGUGCUGAUCAAGACCUUCAAAAGGACGGUGAUAGUGAGCCUCGAGAGCCUUUGAACACCAAACAACUUGCCGAAUCAUUUCAAUCCCAGGGCAAUAAGCUUGCCGAGGAUGGGAAAUAUCGGGAAGCACUUGGGAAAUGGGAGGCUGCUCUUAAUUUGAUGCCUGAAAAUGCAGUUUUGCACGAACAAAAGGCACAAGUUUUGCUUGAAAUUGGGGAUGCGUGGAAUGCGUUGAAGGCAGCAACUCGAGCCACUGAAUUGGAACCAUCAUGGGCUGAGGCAUGGAUCACCCUUGGCAGAGCACAAUUAAACUUCGGGGAGCCUGAUAGUGCAAUGGAAAGCUUUGACAAAGCAUUAGCUAUGAAGCCUGAUUCUGAGGAGGCUCGAGAUGACAGAAAGACAGCAUUUCAUCUUGUAAAGAGAAGAAAGCAGCUACAUUUAUCAGGCUUGGAUUCUGAUACAAACCGUUUUGUGGUUGGUGACAAGACUGGAACAUCCUAA